CUUAUAGAAUAAUUUCAUUUAUUUUCUACGUUGCCAAACAAAGGGUAAAGAACACGGUGAGAAACCGUACCUCGUGAUCCAAGCGGAAGAUUAAUAAGGAAAAUGGACCCCGAUCUGAUUCUCUAUCUCCAAACAAUGGAAAUGGAAACGUUCCCCAACGGCAACUCCGCUGCCGCUGCCGCCCCCGCCCCAACCACGGCGGUGAUCACCGCCGUUUCCAAUUCCCCGGCCGUAACCGCAACCGCAUCGAAGCUGACUCAGUUGGCAGAGUCACUGAAACUGGAGCACCAGUUCCUGAGAGUCCCGUUCGAGCAUUACAAGAAGACGAUCCGCGGCAACCACCGCAUCGUCGAGAAGGAGAUCUCCGGCGUCAUCUCCGGCGUCUCCGAGGCCGCCGACGGCGGCGAAUUGUCAACGGACGACGCCGUUCAACAUCUCAAUUCUCUCGUCUACAGAUUACAAGGCCUCAAAAGAAAGUUGGAAGAAGGGAGCCAUACAGAGCACUUGCAAGCUCAGAGGUGCCGGGCUCGGGUUGAUCAUUUAGAAUCAGCAGAUGCUGAUAAUUUGUCAGAAUGGAACAAUACACGUUUGAAGCGGAUAUUAGUGGACUACAUGUUGCGAAUGUCUUAUUAUGGCACUGCAAUAAAGCUGGCAGAAAGCUGCAAUAUACAGGAUCUUGUUGAUAUUGAUGUAUUUAACGAAGCAAAAAAGGUGAUUGAUGCUCUUCAAAAUAAAGAGGUAGCUCUGCCCUAGCCUGCCCUAGCAUGGUGUGCUGAUAACAAGUCUAGAUUGAAGAAGUCUAAGAGCAAAUUUGAAUUCCAGCUGAGACUUCAAGACUUCAUAGAGUUGGUCAGAGCUGAAAACAACUUGCGAGCAAUUACAUAUGCGCGGAAGUACCUUGCACCAUGGGGAGCUACCCAUAUGAAAGAACUGCAGCGGGUCAUGGCUACACUGGCUUUUAAAAGUAGUACUGAAUGUGUGACAUACAAGGUUUUAUUCGAAUCAAAACAAUGGGAUUACCUAGUGGACCAAUUCAAACAGGAAUUCUGCAGGCUAUAUGGCAUGACCUUGGAACCUUUGCUGAAUAUUUAUCUGCAGGCAGGCUUGUCUGCUCUGAAAACUCCGUUCUGUUACGAGGAUGAUUGCACCAAAGAAGACCCUUUGUCACAAGAGAGCUUCCGGAAAUUAGCAUUGCCGUUACCAUUUUCAAAGCAGCAUCAUUCAAAGCUUGUAUGCUACAUAACCAAAGAACUAAUGGACACAGAAAACCCACCUCUAGUCCUACCUAAUGGCUACGUAUACAGCACCAAGGCUCUUGAAGAAAUGGCCAAGAAGAACAAUGGUAAAAUUACUUGCCCGAGGACAGGUCUGGUCUGCAACUACUCGGAUGUUAUUAAGGCCUAUAUUUCUUGAAUCCACAUGGUUGACCACAGUUGUACAUUUGAAGUCUGAUGAUAUCGGGGUCCGCUUCAUUCUAGGGUUGGAGACUCAUCACAUGUACAUGACGCCUGUUAUUUAGCCUAAAUAAAAUUGAAGACAUUUAUGAUAGAUCUAUUGGUAACUCGUCAAAUGAAUGUUUGAAGUAGUUGUCAAGUGAUGGUGAAAGUUUCUUGAUCAAUUCACUAUUUCUGUUUUUAAACUAA